CAGACCUCUUUAUAUACAGUCUAUGAGACAGACACACGGAAGGAGCCUGUAAAUUUCGUCAGCUGCCGCAACAGCAGUUUCCCGGUGUUUUGUCCUGUGUCUGUUCACCCUCACCCACCAGAAGACAGUGAAGGUCCCAAUCUGCUGCUUCUGUGACCAGACCUCCCACUUCCUGUUCUGUCUGCUCCACUAAAGUGAACACACCUACGCCAGUGGACCAAUAACAAACAAGUGCUCAGUUUACCUAUCCCAUCUGCUCUACGCACGUCUACUCUCAUACGUGUUGUGUUUAAGCAGUGUCAGUCCCACACCCACACUUGAAGGAUUACGAAUACCUAGCCUGCUUCAGCACCCACGCACAGUCACAGCAAAUAUGAGCACCAAGCUGUCCAACUUUGGCAAAAGCCUGUUGCGUCGCAGGGCUUUGGACUGCUCCUGCGAAGAGACCCGAUUCGCUCGCUGCCUGUCCACCCUGGACCUAAUUGCCCUGGGGGUGGGCUCCACUCUCGGUGCCGGUGUCUAUGUCCUGGCUGGUGAGGUCGCCCGAGAGAAGGCAGGACCCGCUAUUGUCCUCUGUUUCCUCAUCGCUGCUCUGUCCUCCAUGUUGGCCGGGCUAUGCUACGCCGAGUUUGGGGCUCGUGUGCCCAAGACGGGUUCUGCAUAUCUUUACAGCUAUGUGACAGUUGGAGAAAUCUGGGCCUUCAUCACCGGGUGGAACCUCAUCCUCUCCUAUGUGAUAGGUACAGCCAGUGUGGCCAGGGCGUGGAGCUCAACCUUUGACAGCCUGGUUGAACAAAAGAUCUCUGACUUCUUCAAAGCAUCCAUGACAAUGAAGGUCCCAGGGGGAGUGCUGGCAGAUUACCCCGACCUGUUUGCCCUCAUUCUGGUGCUCUUGCUCACUGGACUUCUGGCCUUUGGCGUGAGCGAGUCGGCGCUGGUGAAUAAGAUUUUCACGGGCAUCAACCUGGUGGUCCUGGGCUUCGUUAUCAUCUCCGGCUUUGUGAAGGGGGACACAGCCAACUGGAACCUGACAGAGGAAGACUACAUCGGCUACAAAAAUAGCACCAACAGCAGCGCGCCAUAUCCAGUCGAAGAGGAAUUCGGUGUGGGUGGAUUCGCCCCCUUUGGCCUCACCGGAGUCCUGUCUGGUGCUGCCACCUGCUUCUAUGCGUUUGUUGGCUUCGACUGUAUCGCCACAACAAGUGAAGAAGCAAAGAACCCCAUGCGGUCCAUCCCCAUUGGCAUCGUGGCCUCGCUGCUCAUCUGUUUUUUCGCCUACUUCGGUGUGUCUGCUGCUCUGACCCUGAUGAUGCCUUACUACAAGCUGGACUCCCAGAGUCCUCUGCCUGAGGCCUUCAGCUACGUUGCCUGGGCGCCUGCCAGAUACAUCGUUGCUGUGGGUUCCCUCUGUGCUCUGUCCACCAGUCUCCUAGGCUCUAUGUUUCCCAUGCCUCGAGUUAUCUACGCCAUGGCAGAGGAUGGACUGCUGUUCCGUAUUCUGUCCAGGAUGAAUGAACGCACAAAGACCCCCCUCCUGGCCACCAUUGCUUCUGGUAUUGUUGCAGCUCUCAUGGCCUUCCUGUUCGACCUGGCAGCUCUGGUUGACCUCAUGUCUAUUGGAACUCUGUUAGCAUACUCUUUAGUGGCCAUCUGUGUCCUCAUUCUCAGGUACCAGCCAGGUACCCUGAGUUCCUCAAGCCAGACGGAGAAACUGGUGGAGCUGGUGGAAGGGGAGAAGGUGGCUGUAGGCGGAGGGGAAAGCGGCGACGAGUACAGCAACGAGAUGGAGGAGAGGCCGCUCAAAGAGACCUUCACUGUCAAGCUGCUCUUCUGCCCAAGUGGAAAGACGCCAACGAAAACCUCUGGGAACAUUGUCUACGCAACCACUGCUAUUAUCUCUGUUCUUAUCACCAUCCUGUGCGUCAUCCUGGCCAACUUCUUGAAUGAGCUGCUGACGGGGCACGCAGGCGUCGUGGUGCCCUGUGUCAUUCUGACUCUGCUGUGUGUCGUCUGCGUCAUAAUCAUCUGCAGGCAGCCUGAGAGCAAAGAGGCUCUAACCUUCAAGGUCCCCCUUCUUCCUUGGCUGCCCCUCUUCAGUGUUUUUGUCAACAUCUACCUCAUGAUGCAGCUGGAUAUGGGUACAUGGUGCCGUUUUGCUGUUUGGAUGGUUAUUGGUUUCGUUAUCUACUUCUGUUACGGUAUCAAGAACAGCAGUGAGGCUGCCAACAGGUCAUCCCCACGUAAAUAUGAGCCUGCGCUGCAGACAAAACGCCCGAUUUACACAGGCGCCCCUGACAGCAGUGACGUGGAAGCGGGCGACAGCCCCUGAUACAGACUGACAUAGACCUGGGAAAAGUUGCAGAGCAUCUGCACUCAUUUUGGCAGUGUAGGCGGCGUGGAACACACACCUGGGUUUAAAGGGAGGAGAGGCAAGAAAAGGCCACACACAUCUUACCUCUGACUCGGAGGCUGAUUACCUUGAUCGCUCGAUACUGUGAUAGAGCCACUUUCUGGCCCAUGUGUCUGUUCUUAAUCUUUGUUGGUAGUUAGCCUUAGCCCUCUUGAGAUAUGUACCUGACUAUAACUCAUGCUUUGAAUGGACCGAACUAACAGAGUACUGCGGUACUCGUGUUUCUCUUAAUUUUUCCCCUCCAUGGCUAGGGGUGAAUCAGUAGUACUGUGUACAUUACUAAAAGAAUCCCAGCUGAAACCAGGGUUUAUGACCGUCAUGACUCUUGGCCAAACUUCAGACUGUUUAGGAAACCUGAUGUCAUGCAGACCGCAGAGACAAAGCGACAGAGAUGAAAAUUUUCGUAGAGUCAACAUAUCUGGUGUGUUGCAGCAGGUUAUUUGUUUGUGUGUUUACAGGGUAGUGCUGAGGCUGUGACGUUUACAGUGUCAGGUCAGGGCCUCGCUGCAGUUCGGUCGGACACACACGGUCGAUGAUGUUGCUUUGUUGAGGCUGAAGUCCACGCUUUACACGUUGGAUGACGUUUUAAACAUACCAUUGCUGUUGUUACCCCUGCUCACAGAGAACAGGCUUAGUGAAUUAUCAGUUAUUUUCCGGUUUUUGCUUCACACGUAGACGUAAAAUGGAAGUUGAGGCCUUUGUUUCAGCAGAAACCAGGUAACUUACAUUAUUUUAAUUAGACUAAACAUUCAAAAGGCAACAAACAAGCCUUGAAGUACAGGAAAAUGUAAUAUCUACCAUUCAUUCUGGUAUUUGCUGUAUUGUAAACACGAUUGAUCAGUUGUAAGAUAUUCUUACACCAACACUAAAAUAUCAACCUUUUUUAUUUGUACUUCCUUGUGAAAAGACUCAAGUGUUUUUUUUUCACAAAGGUUCUCAUUUAGUUUCAAUUGAAACGUGUUCUUGGCAACUUUGUCUGAGGUUCAAUCACUUAUUUUUUAUUUUUACUACUGUAUUUACUUAUUCUUCUUAUAGAACUGUUAAUAUUUAAAUGUUUAUAGUAUUGUUUGUUUGGGAUAGCUUUCUUUUUAUUUUUGUUUCGUGCUUUAAUAUCAAUCUAAGAGUUGUAGAUGUUCAAGUGAUUUAGAUUUUCAAAUGCAGGUUUUGGAUGUUUUUCUUUUUUUCACCAAGUGAUUUAAUUAUAAUUUUCUUUCCUUUGCGAACAAAUCAAAGUUUUAUGAAAUUAGCUGCGCUGUCAAAACAAAUAAUGACCAAUUAAAGUUGGUCUCUAAAUUGGGACUAUUAUGUUAUUUUUUUCUCCUCUUAUUCUCUGGAAUAUGUCAUAAAUUAUUUUUAAUAGCGUUUUUGUUGUUGUUGUAUGUUUUACUGUAGAAUGUACAGUAUUUGUUAAAACUAUUUGUAUAAUACUGUAAGUUAUACAAACCUCCUUUAAAAUAUUUUCUUUAGUAUCAUCAAGUUGGUUUUAAUAAGUUACACUUGAAGGCCUUUCAUUUAACAUAAUGCUGCAUUUCUGCAGAUUAGAAAAGGAUUUCUGAGCAGUCUUCACUGUUUGCUGAAAUUGCGCUGCCUUUAGACAUGUCAGAACGUGACAGAUUUUAUUUCCCAUUAUAAUUUUUGAAGACGUCAGGUGAGGAAAGAUUUUAUUUUGAUUCAGACAGUGUUUCUAGAUGUUGUGAAUCUGCAAUCUGGUGCCUAAAGAACCAUCUUUCUGCCUGAGAAAGGCACCGGGGCUGAAAACAGAGGAGUCAUGUGUAUUAGACACGAUGUGAGACUUGAGACAGAUGAAGUGUAAACCUCUGUCAGUGAUAGACUCCUGUCACACAGAGCUCUUCACACGCAGCCCUCGUUGCCUUUCAAAAAUCCACUCGAUCAUCUCCCUUCUAGAUGCUGUCUUAUUAACCGCAAUGAUCUAUUUUUGUCUUUCUGUUUUAUAUCCUGUACAUAUGGCUGUCAUGUAUAAAACGAGCUGUAUUUUCAACAUUUUUUUUUGUAAUAAAACAUGAUUCAUGCGUAUGUGGCA